CCCCCCCCCCCAAAAGGCAUUAAUGUUGCUAACUUUUUUUCUCUAAGACAAACUUUCACUUAUUAAUGGAGUUUGGAUUUGUCAAGGACGACAAAGUACAAUAUCUUUGGUUCCCUCACUGAACUCUGAGCUGUCAUGUGUAUUGAAAUGAAUGUAUCAAAAUGGUUCUGGCUUGUUUUGAAUUUGUUACGUACCCCGUAACUGUGUUCCAGCAGAAAUGGAAUGAUACGUUGGAGUCUGGUGGCACUGUAACUAAAGGUGUUUAUUAGUAAACUAAGCAAUAGAGUAUCAAAAAUGCAAAUAUACAUAUAAAACAGGUUAGUAAUGACAAACACAAGUGUAGGAAUAAGAAUCAAAACCAAGCUCUAUCAAAGUCUAGGGGUAAAAGAACUGUCAUAAGAGAAUAUGGAGUUCAGUUCGUGUUGAGGUAGUUGUGUUGUAUGUUGGAGAGAGAGUGAGCAAGAGAUGAGCAGCUGCAGCAGGCAAACCUUCUGUCAUCUUCCUGUUCCGUUGUACUGUUGGGGUCACUGACAAUGACCCUUCUGUUCCAGGCUAGACCCAUCUUCAGUGAUGGACUCGUCCCCCAGGCAAAGGUGGACACACACAAGUCCCCACUGGUCUGUCUUCAUCCACUGUGCUCCGGACUGUUUCUCCAGGCCCCCACCUUCCUGUGGGUGCACAACACUCCUUCAGUGUCCACUGGGGUGUCUGACGCUGUCUCCCCAAACCCAUCUUUUAUCCCCACUGAUGGGGUACCAGCCAUCCAUCAACCCAACAUGACCAUGUCCAUCAAACUAGUCCACUUCCUGCUAUCUCAGCAAGAAUGUUAACGAGCAAAGAGGUGUCCUUGUAGCAAAAGAUUGUUUACCUUUCCAUCAGUGAAGAAGCCAUAAUACUAAAUCAUCUGUCUCUCUCUCUUUCUACCCCCCCCCCACCCCAGUGGCAGAUGCCUUUUCUCUGUUCUUCAUCUCUCUCUCUCUCACAUCAGCAGCAUAGUUCCCAAGGUUUUGGGGGGGGGGGGGGUCAGCUCUGUGCCCCAUUUCCAUCUGGCUUGUUCAUCACACAUAACAAAUUGAAAACAUUAAUGCUUUCAAAAUGCCCAAAUAGAUUAUUGGGUCCAGCAUUUGCUGAUUAUCAUUGGUUAAAGUUGAGAAACGGCACAGAACAAAAAUGAAGUCAAUAAAAUGAAUCCUUUUUCUGCAUAAGGUAUAUUUCACUGCAAAACGCAAGGCAGUUUUAUCUUGGGGGCAGUUCUCAAGCCAUUCCUUACUGAUGUGAGUGAAACUAACCUCCCAGAAAGGAAUCUUUUCACGUUAAUACAGUCAGAGGAUGGGUCUGAAUCCAAUAGACUUCCACAAUUAUUCCUGUCAUCAUUUCUGGCUGCCCAAAUUUAAAACAAAAGGCAAAUGUUAAGUUGUGAAAGUAAUUACUCGCUCAGACACAGAAUUCUUGCCCUUUAUGAAUCUUUCUGACUAGUAUUUGGUAAAGUACCUGCAGAAUGACUAAUGUCAUUUUCAUUUCUUCACAGUAAGGCUAAAUUCAGUUUUCAAUCAAGUGCUUGUGGAGAUGGAGAGAUUGCUCAUGAAUUAUCAGAUCCACUGAAAGUGUACGCUGGAGACAAUUUGUUUCAAGUGUCUAUUGAAGUAAAGUUUGUUGGUGCAAAUUUCAAAGAAUUUGAAGGGAUGGACAGAAGAAUUUCAAGAUCGCUCAAAAGGCUGCUAAUGGAAAAACUUUCAACAUUUUCAACAUUUAAAGAGUUGUUCCCGCUAACUGUUAAGAGGAUUAAUGCUCCAGGCUUGCUCUUUGCCUAUUGGUUAUAUUUCAGUCCGGGGCAAGAAAAUGUCUACAUUCCCCUUGAGAAUAGGGUGAAGCAACUACUGUCUGAAUCUGUAUCUAAUUUGCGCUAUGGAAAGGCUGCAGUAGUUUUGACAUCUGUUGAAGAUGUGGAUGAAUGUGUCUCUGGGCUUUCCAUGUGUGAUCCUGAAGCCAACUGUUUGAAUACUUUUGGUUUUUACUUUUGUCAAUGUGCCAAGGGAUUCAAUGACCCAUCUUCAAUUGCUUCUGGCAUCAGCUGUGUCAGGAAUGUGAAAUCAGAAAUAGAAAGGCUUUCUCAAUUCAUCUCUGCAUUGAAGAACUGUUACAUGACCAUUGAGGGAGACUCUGAUAAAUGUCUCUCUCCAGUCUACCCUUGUAUAUUUGAAUACAAAUGGUGCAACUGGACUGUUGUAGCAAGUCACUGGAAAGGUGUUGUAGUGCAAAUACAUGUCGUCUUGUCACCAGAAGACUGCAACCAGAAUAAGGAUGAAAUUUUAAUUUGCAUUUCACAACAAAUUGUUCAAGUGGCACAAACCUGUCUCAAUAAAACUGAAAACUUUGCCACUAGUGUGUUAGCAGUGUAUGCCACCUUUGAGCAGGGAAGCUCAAACCAAGCUGGAAAAUGUUUCCAAGUUGAGCAUCAUAUGUUGAAUGAGAUUAAGACUUCAAGCCCUUCACUUUAUGCUGUACUGAUGCUAUCUAAUUUUGGAUUAUCCCAGGAAAUUAAUGCUGCUCCUGACAGUGAAGAUGAUGAAAAGUCUCACGUGAUCCAGCCCAGCAAUUUGCUCAGCAGUGAAGCUGCAGAACUGGUAUUUUGGAACUGUGAGGGAAGAUGGAGUGAUGCUCAUUUUCAGGUGUUUGCCCAACUAAUGGCUAAAAAACACGGAGUUUGGAAAUCCACUGAGCAAAGUGAUUACUUUCUGGUUUCCAGCCAUGGAGUGCAGUUAUCUGCUCAACAGCAUGCAUCAAAUUUAGAACAUGUCCAUUUGUGGAAUUCUCUUUGUGCACAGCUACUCAGUAGGACCUCCAAAAGGCUUCCUUCUGCUCAUUCUGAAUUCUCCAGUCUACUGAGCCCAUCACUUGUAGGUUUUCCUGGAAGCACCCCUUCAGAGGAAAUGCAAUACAGAGGGAAUUCUGUGCAGUUAGAUGUAUCGGGAGGAAUCUCAAUGGGUCUUGUGAAAUCAUUUGACCCUGCUGACAGGUGGACGGCACUGGAAAGUAAUCUUGUAUCUGAUGACUGGGUUUCACCUAGCUGGGAUGUGUUUGAAAAUCCUGAAAGUGGACAUUCUGUCUAUAAAAAGACAUUGCCAGUGCAAACAUUACAGACAUAUAAAUGCAUGCAAACCAAAACUGAUCAUCAGGAGCCAAGGGAGCCUCAGAGUUCAGUGGAAAUCAUCAAUGCUGGAAUGAGGGAAUUUGAAACGGUCUACUCCAUUAGUCUGGGUCGAAUGGUACUCUCUUCAUUAACUACCUCAUUUCAUGACCAAGCGUGGAUGAAAACUAAAUCCCAAAGUUUAUUUGCAGUUGAGGGUGGUUUGCAGACUUUGUAUCAAACUGAUGAAACCGUGCCAUUGAUUGCACCAAGCCACGUGUACACAUCAUUGGAAACAAACUCCAGCGUGGUGACUGAAAAUGAACCCAGGAAUUCUGAAGUGAAGUGGCUAAAAACACAAAUGUUCAGUAGCAGGACUUUCAUUGAGCCAGUACAGCAGGAUACUGAAGCUACUGAGAAGGAGAUUGAUAGGACCAGUUUACUUGGUGCUUCACAGACAAUUAAUCCAUCUAUUUCACAGCCACCUGUGUGGAUGACAUUAGUACCAAAACUUCAAGAUGAAGAUGUAGAAAAUACUGGUCAUUUAUUGGAAGUUUCUGCCAGAGUGGACUUGGCAAAUCUUGUUUACAAGAAUCUUCGUCAUUUGGAAAAACGGCUCCUGCAAUCUGUUCAGAAUCUGAUUAUGAACAAUCUAAUGUCAUUUUACCCACCUCUGCAGAAAAUUCUCCCCAAAGGAACCAAAAGGAUCAGUCCUUCAGGAUUCCAUUUUGUCUAUGAACUGCACUUUGGUCCAGAUGGAGAGAAUGUCAAACACAAUCUACAGAUGCAUCUGAACAGCUUGUCAAAUAAGUUGGUAGCUAACAUGCAUAACGGACAAGUCUACUUGGUGUCGAUAACAGUGAAAGAUUCUGGUUUUCGGUCCUCGUUUGGCAUUAAAGAAAUCUUAACUGCAUCUGCUGUUGGUGCAUUCUUGCUUGUGUCACUAGCACUAGCCCUCUGCUUUGUGAUAUUUAAAAGAUCACACAAAAAGAAUUUCAAACCUCAAAACCCAUAUGCAGCCAGUAUAUCAGGAAGAAAUUCAACUUCAGAGGAAUUGGAAAGCGAGGAACUUAUUGUGCGGCGUGGAAGUGUAAAUUAUAUCAUUCAGAAAAUUUCAACCAAUAUCUGAAGAAGUGAGUGAUCAAGAAACUGAUUUUGAUAUGACCAGUUCACCUUCGAGAAAAACUUGGCCUGUUGUUAAGAUGUUUCCUUGAUGAAAGGAAUGACAGAAAUUGGAAAGAUGCAGAGAUUCAGUUUUGAAACUACAUGGGAAGAGUUGUGUGCAACACCUGGCAUUCCUUGAAUAAGAUGGCAAUAUUCUAUAUAGUUUGAGACUGGUUCUGGGAGUAAGUGCUCAGAAUAUAUCUUCACUGCACUCUAUACACUGUUUCAUACAGCAAUGCUAUUAAAAACCUAAAUGAUAGAAAGGAGCUGGAUUCCAUGUUUUUGUUCUUGUGCCAGUUCUUUGCAUUAGAGUGAAAAUAUUUGAACCUGUUUGAGCAAUGACUGAAAUCUGAUAUUCCAUCAGCAACAGACAAUUGAAGUCACUCUACUUUUAGUUGCUUUAGUUUUGUUGGUAACUAAAUAAUUUAAUAUUUUUCUUCAACCAUUGGGUUUAAAGACAGAAGUUUUUAUGGUGGAUCAUGGUGUAUGAAAAGCAAAAAUAAACCCUGUUACUUAUCUCA